UCCUCGGACGGCGACGCGGGCCACCGCUACAUCCGCGACCCCAGCACGGGCUCGCUGACCAUCGCGGGCGCCAGGAUGGAGGACGACGGCGUGUGGGGCUGCCAGGCCAAGGAGGCCACGUCGCGGCGCGUGCUGCACACCGGGCCCUCCGUCAGACUCAUCAUCCUGGUGCCCCCGCGGCCGCCCUACCUGCUGCUGGACGGCCGGCGCCUCGACCCCACCAACCUGUUCGUGCCGAUGCGCGAGCACGGCGCGCUGGACGUGGAGUGCGUGGUGGAGGCGGGCAACCCGGCGCCCUCCGUCACGUGGCAGAUGCUGCUGGCCGAGCGGCCCUACCAGUACCAGGACGAGAACGUCGACGACCUGGUCAGCUCCAACACCGUCGACAAGCCCACCGGCCUCGGCGGCCACCUCAGCAGCUCGGCGCGCGUCGAGCACAUCCUGCGCGAGCACCACAACGCCACCGUCAGCUGCCUCGUGAGCCACCCCACGCUCAGCAGCCCCUACAACGCGUCCAUCCUGCUGGACGUCCAGUAUUCUCCGUCCUUCGACAUCACGCGGUCGCCCGGCUUCGGGCUGCCGGUCCGGGAGGGCAGCCCGCUGUCCCUCAAGUGCGACGUGGACUCCAACCCGCCGUCCAGUCCCGUCUGGCAGAAAGACGACAAGGCGCCCCCCGUGGAGCAGGGCGACGACGGCUACCUCAACUUCACGACGGUCCGCAAGGAGCACGCCGGCUGGUACAAGUGUACCUGCAGGCACCUGCUGACCGAGUACUCGUCCAACGCCUACCUGCUGCAAGUCCGAACGCCCGAGGAGAUGCCGACGGAGCCGUUCCCGGGCACGGCGCACAUGCCGCCGCCGGACACCAAGCACCUGGAGGCCACGCUGGGCGGCUCGGUGCAGCUCGACUGCCCGUGGGGCCCGGGCUCCUGCUGGCUCAAGCUGGGCCCCAACGGCGUGCUGCAGCCCACGGCGGGCUCGGGCCCCGGGUCCGGGACCAACCCCGCCGUCCUGAGCAUCGACCGCGUGCUCUACCAGGAGGCCGGCGAGUACCUCUGCGCCCGGGACCGCGAGAGCCUGCAGCGCUGGAGAAACACGUACUCCGUCCACAUGAACGUCAGCGGGCGGCCGAUGGUGCACCCCGCCAUGCAGAUGGUGACGGCCACGGCGGGCAGCUCGGUGACGCUGAGCGUCGAGUUCUGCGCCAACCCGCCGGCGCGGCGCGUCAUGUGGGUCACGCAGAAGCUGCUGCUGCUGCCCGGCACGGCGGACCGCGACCGCGGCCACCACUUCCACAACCUGACGGACAGCGACACGCCUCACUGCCGCGUGGCCACGCUGACGCUGCGCCGCGUGCGCCCGGCCGACGAGGGCGAGUACCUGCUGCUGGUGCGGUCCGCGGGCGGCGCCUCCGAGGGCAGCGUGGUGCUCAACGUGACCGUGGCGGAGGGCUACUCCGGCGCGAGCCAGCCUCACCGAGGCCUCGGACUGCUGUGCGCCUCCGUCCUCGUCGCCUUCCUGGCCCUGGGCUCCUGCUGA